AUGGCGGCUACAUCUAGCACGGCCUCGACCUCUCCGGCUACGGUCUUUCCUCGCAGCCAUGUUGGUUUUGACAGUAUCACCUCCCAGAUUGAGCGGAAGCUGCUCAAGCGUGGCUUUCAAUUUAACGUUAUGUGUGUUGGACAAACCGGUCUAGGAAAAUCCACCUUGAUUAACACCAUCUUUGCUUCUCACUUGAUUGACUCGAAGGGGCGCCUGACCCCCAAUGAACCCGUGCGUUCCACCACAGAGAUUCAGGCCGCUUCCCAUAUCAUUGAGGAGAACGGCGUGCGUCUCCGGUUGAACAUUGUUGAUACCCCUGGAUAUGGUGACCAAGUUAACAACGACAGAUGCUGGGAUCCGAUUGUGAAAUACAUCAAGGAUCAGCAUUCGGCAUACCUCCGAAAGGAGUUGACCGCUCAGCGUGACCGCUAUAUACAGGAUACCCGUAUCCACUGUUGCUUGUUCUUUAUCCAACCCUCCGGCCAUGCUCUUAAACCAAUUGAUAUCGUGGUCCUGAAGAAGUUGUCGGACGUUGUCAAUGUGGUCCCCGUCAUUGCGAAAGCCGAUUCCCUUACCCUCGAGGAACGUCAGGCGUUUAAGGAGAGAAUAAAGGAGGAAUUCGCCUUCCACAACCUGAAAAUGUACCCUUACGAUAAUGAUGAGUUCGACGACGAAGAACGAGCUGUCAAUGCCCAGAUCAAGGAUAUUAUCCCUUUCGCGGUUGUCGGAAGCGAGAGGACGAUUGUUGUCAAUGGUCAGCAAGUUCGUGGCCGGCAGAACCGCUGGGGCGUCAUCAAUGUGGAGGACGAGAACCACUGCGAGUUUGUCUAUCUGAGGAACUUCCUUACCCGCACUCACCUCCAGGAUCUUAUUGAAACAACAAGCCAGAUCCACUAUGAGACCUUCCGUGCGAAGCAACUUCUUGCACUCAAGGAGAGCAGCGCAGCGGGAGGCCAUACCGGUGGUAGCCGACCCAUUAGCCCCUCUGCCGAUAGGGAACUGAGCCGGAACUCGCAACGGGUGGCAAUGAACGGCUAUUGA